AUGGCCUCAGAAAUAGCCCCAGAAUGGACAGACAGCGAUGCAUGCUCGAGAUGCCAGAGCGUAUUUACGACAUUUAACCGUAAACACCACUGUAGAAACUGUGGCAGGGUUUUUGACAGUCUGUGCUGCCAUAAACAAUUAACGUUACCGCAUUGGGGAUACAACGAUCCAGUUAGAGUUUGUGAGGGUUGCUAUUCCCUGAUUCUCCGCGAAGGCACAAAGGCUGCUCCUCCAUCUGCCAUACGUGUUCCUCGCGGUGGUCACGACAAGGCACAGGACAAGGUACAAGAUAAUUCUCAGGAUGCAGCUGAUGCAGAUCUACUCAAAGCCAUUCAGCUCAGUUUGGCUGAGUCUGGUCACUCUUAUCAGAAUACUGGGCCUGCUAUCAACGCUAACAGGCCAGAGCCACCAGAGGAUGACGACGAUAUGAAAGCAGCUAUCGAAGCCAGUUUGAAGGAUAUGCGCAGUGCUCCUCCGGUAGCUGCAGUUGCACCUGUUAGGAGCACUUCGAGCAACCAGAAUCACACUCACAAGCCAAGCUACGAAUUAGCCACACAAGAUCGUGAUGCAAUAUUCUCAUUUGCUCAGUCCGUUCAACAGCAGCAGCAGCAGCAACAACACCAACAAUAUCCAACUCCACCCAAUCCAAACCUUGCUUACUCAGCAGAUCGCGCACUCAAUGCAAAAUCGAGAUUGUUGGCCGGAGUUAAUGAGACAGAAGCGAAAGAGCGUGUUCUGGUUGAUAUGCAUGCCAAAAUGACUGAGUCGGUGAGACUGUAUAACAGACUACUCGAGUCGCAGAUAGAGCAGCGAGAGGAACAGCAGCGGCGGGAGAGUACACCGGUGCAAAGAGCAACACCUUAUUAUUAUCAGCAGCAGCAGUAUCAGCAGCAGUACCAGCCGUACGAACAAUACCAACAAGAUGAACGCUUGCCCAGAUACAUUGCACCUCCACAACCAACUCCAAUACCAUCACUGCCAUUUGCAGCACCAUCUGCACCAUCUGCACCACUUGCACUACCAAAUGGACAAUCUGCACCUACUGCACCAUCAAGUAUACCACAGCAAUUCACAGAUACACCCACGCCAAUAGAAACACAGUCACAGUCACAGUCGCAGUCGAUAUCACCAAUUCACAAUGGCAUACCGCAGCAAAGUUAUCACCAGCAAACACCGCAACACUGGCAGCCACAACAACCACAGCAUUAUCGGCAAGAGCAGCAACCGCAACAGCAACCGCAACAACAACCACACCAACAACCAUACCAACAAGCUAAAUACAAUGCACUGGCUGGUCUACCAUCUGCGCCGUCGGAGUUGCCAGGCGAUAGAAUUAAUGAGCAUGAGAAUGAGCAACGACAGCAACAGGAAGCACUGCUGAUAGAGUUGUAG